UCUCGGGCCGCGCUUCCGGGUCGGAGUCGGUGUUUGGCCUCGCUCCGUCGUGCCUGCCGCCGGCACCCGCGCAGCCACCAUGUCGGGCUCCAGCAGCGCCCUCAUGAAGCAGCCCCCGAUCCAGUCCACGGCGGGGGCCGUGCCCGUCCGGAAUGAGAAGGGGGAGAUCUCCAUGGAGAAGGUGAAGGUGAAGCGCUAUGUCUCGGGAAAGCGGCCGGACUACGCUCCCAUGGAGUCCUCGGACGAAGAGGACGAGGAGUUCCAGUUCAUCAAGAAGGCCAAAGAGCAGGACCUGGAGCCAGAGGAGCAGGAGGAGGAGCUGGCCAGCGACCCCCGCCUGCGCCGCCUGCAGAACCGCAUCACGGAGGACGUGGAGGAGAGGCUGGCGAGGCACCGUAAGAUCGUGGAACCUGAAGUGAUGGGAGAAAGUGACUCAGAGAUGGAGGGAGAGGCUUGGCGCGUGGAACGAGAGGACACCAGCGAGGAGGAAGAGGAGGAAAUUGAUGAUGAGGAAAUAGAGCGUCGCCGUAGCAUGAUGCGCCAGCGUGCUCAGGAGCGUAAGAAUGAGGAGCUGGAAGUGAUGGAACUGGAAGAUGAGGGCCGGUCUGGAGAGGAGUCUGAAUCGGAGUCAGAAUAUGAGGAGUAUACAGAUAGUGAGGAUGAGACUGAGCCACGUCUUAAGCCUGUCUUCAUUCGCAAGAAGGACAGGAUCACGGUCCAGGAGCGGGAGGCAGAGGCACUGAAGCAGAAGGAGCUGGAGCAGGAAGCCAGGCGGUUGGCCGAGGAGCGGCGCAAGUAUACCCUCAAGAUAGUGGAAGAAGAAGCCAAGAAGGAGCUGGAAGAGAACAGGCGCUCUUUGGCAGCCCUUGAUGCUCUGGAUACUGAUGAUGAAAACGACGAGGAAGAAUAUGAGGCUUGGAAAGUGCGGGAGCUGAAACGCAUCAAGCGGGACCGUGAGGAGCGAGAGGCGUUGGAGAAGGAGAAGGCAGAAAUUGAGCGGGUACGGAAUCUGACUGAGGAGGAACGCCGCGCUGAGCUCCGAGCCAAUGGCAAGGUUAUUACUAACAAGGCUGUGAAGGGAAAAUACAAGUUCCUGCAGAAAUAUUACCACAGAGGAGCCUUUUUCAUGGAUGAAGAUGAGGAUGUAUAUAAGAGGGACUUCAGUGCCCCAACUUUGGAAGAUCACUUCAACAAGACUAUCUUACCUAAAGUCAUGCAGGUGAAGAACUUUGGGCGCUCUGGAAGAACAAAGUACACACAUCUGGUGGACCAAGACACAACCUCCUUUGACUCUGCCUGGGGGCAGGAAAGUGCUCAGAACACCAAGUUCUUUAAGCAGAAGGCAGCUGGUGUGCGGGAUGUCUUUGAGCGACCCUCUGCCAAGAAGCGGAAGGCCACCUGAGCCAGUCAUGGAGGACAAUUUCUUGACCAGCCUCGGAAGAACGGAGCGCUGCCAUAGGCUUGGACCGUUUCUCCCUCAUGCUUGUGGAGGAAGCCCCAUCUGCCUGGCCCCCUUACUUGUUUCUAGGACAUUUGUACUGGCCCAGCAGGUGCCAUUUUUAACUUCAGAGGUAUCCUGCUCUGCAUAGGGGUACUGCUAAGUGGAUUUGAAAUGGAUACACACAUCGAAAUUUGCAUUAAAUGUAUUUCUUGUCAA